AUCAUCAAGGAAGUUUGUGAUGGGUGGUCGUUGCCGAACCCAGAGUAUUACACCCUCCGUUACGCAGAUGGCCCCCAGCUCUACAUCACCGAACAGACACGCAGUGACAUUAAGAAUGGGACCAUCUUACAGCUGGCUAUCUCCCCGUCCCGGGCCGCACGCCAGCUGAUGGAGAGGACCCAGUCGUCCAACAUGGAGACCCGGCUGGAUGCCAUGAAGGAGCUGGCCAAGCUCUCUACUGAUGUGACCUUCGCCACUGAGUUCAUCAACAUGGAUGGCAUCAUUGUGCUGACACGGCUUGUGGAAAGUGGAACCAAGCUCUUGUCCCACUACAGUGAGAUGCUGGCAUUCACCUUGACUGCCUUCUUAGAGCUCAUGGACCACGGCAUUGUCUCCUGGGACAUGGUUUCAAUCACCUUCAUUAAGCAGAUUGCAGGGUACGUGAGCCAGCCCAUGGUGGACGUGUCCAUCCUUCAGAGGUCCUUGGCCAUCCUGGAGAGCAUGGUCUUGAACAGCCAGAGUCUGUACCAGAAGAUUGCGGAGGAAAUCACCGUGGGACAGCUCAUCUCUCACCUCCAGGUCUCCAACCAGGAGAUUCAGACCUACGCCAUUGCACUGAUUAACGCGCUUUUCCUGAAGGCUCCUGAGGACAAGCGACAGGUCUGUGGCUGCCUUUUCAAGUUUUUCAUCCGGGCUCUUCCAGGAGAAGAAUUGUCUCCCACGCACCCUCUGUUGUGCAGACAGCCGUCACACGGCCAUUUCCCCAAGAGUCCUUCCUCCCGCCCCUCUGUGUCAGGGGCCCUCAGAGCGGCCUUGCUAAGGAAGGCCUGGGAGGCCCAGGUCUCAGGACAAGCACCUUAA